GCCAACUAGUCAACACUAGACAAUGUUAAGAUUUGAAACUUCUAUUUAGUGCGCGGCACCAAAUUUUGUACGUUACACUAAUAUGGUACACAUGACAGGCUGGCCGAAAGGUUCGGCCGAGAAGUUCCUCCAUUCUACACCCGUUGCUAAAACAAUAACGCUAUAUCCUUUGAAAAGUUACAGUUUUGGAACCAAAGAACCCAAUUAUGAACGAGAUCGGAGUGUUCCUGCUCGAUUUCAACGGUUACAGGAGGAUUUUGAGAAGUAUGGUAUGCGUCGGUCAGUUGAAGGAAUCUUACUUGUACAUGAACACAACCUACCUCAUGUUCUAUUGCUUCAACUCGGUACGUUUUUCAAACUCCCUGGAGGUGAACUGCAUCCAGGUGAAGAAGAAAUUGAAGGACUGAAGCGAUUAUUAUCUGAGAUGUUAGGCCGGACGGAUGGUAUCCCAGUUGACUGGAUUCCAGAAGACUGUAUCGGUAAUUGGUGGCGACCGAAUUUUGAACCACCUCGCUAUCCAUAUAUUCCUGCCCAUGUAACUAAACCUAAAGAACAAACACGUUUAUUUCUAAUUCAACUUCCUGAGAAAACAUUGUUUGCUGUACCAUCAAAUUAUAAAUUAGUAGCAGCUCCGUUGUUCGAACUUUUUGACAAUGCCCGAGCCUAUGGUCCAAUUAUUUCUUCCUUACCUCAAGUAUUAAGUCGCUUCAACUUUGCAUACAACGAUUGAGUUCACACGUAAAUGUUUGCAAUGAAUAUCUCGACAACUCUAUAUUCAGUCAACCAAUCAAAUGAUUGAUGUCACCGUCAAUCCAAAACCUUUUUCAUUUUUAAUAUAUACAUACAAUAUACUACUCGUACAUUGUUACUUUUUUAAAGUCGUAAAGAUAUUGUUCGACGCGUUUUUUCUUACGUUCACUUACAUGUCUUUGUUGUUUGUGUAAAUAUAUUGUCUCGGAUACAAUUGUACAUAUGACAAAUAAUAUAUCAUCAAUAAUAAAUAUUCCGUCAUUAUUAUUUAUUAUUUAAACACAUAAA